UGCACAUCAAUGCCACAUAUCAGUGCCCACCAGAGCUGCCUUUCAGUGCCAACUAUCAGUGCUGCCUAUCAGUGCCAGUCAGUGCCACCCUAUCAGUGCCAUAUACGAGAACUUCCUUUCAGUGCCCAUCAGUGAUGCCUGUCAAUACCCACAAGUGAUGCCUGCCAAUGCCCAUCAGUGCCACCUAUCAGUGCCUCCUCAUCAGUACCGCCUAUCAGUGCCCAUCACUACAGCUUCAUUAAUCAGUGAAGGAGAAAAAUUACUUAUUUACAAAAUUUUUAUAA